CAUUUGGGUUAAAUUGGGUAGAUAUUGGAGGUCAAUGAUGACUUAAAUCAGAUUUAUUUUUAUUAAUUAGUUAAUCUUUAAAACAAUCAGGAGCAAUGGCAUGGAUCAGUGAACUGGCUGGCAAAGCUGAAAGCUUAUUAAAUAAGCUUGAUUCAGAAGCUGCCUCAGUGCUUACUGUUGAUAAAACUCUUACUAAAACUGCCAUUGAUACAGAGUCAAAAAAUGUGUCACCUAAUAAAUUGGACUUGGAAACUCAUGGAUCAGUCACCAGCUUACCCAAUUCAUCCAGCGUACCAGGAAGUCUCCAAGCAUAUUUCGGCAGCCUAUCCUCACGAGGGUCUCCCAGCGCACUCAACAAAUGGAGUAAAUCUUCCCCAUCUUCUAGAGGCGGCUCUGCUAGCGCUUCAGCUACACCAUCUCACUCAAGAAAUGCCAGCCUGGAAAAUUAUUUGAAUUUCAGCUCUGAAAGUGCUAAUAAUUUGUCAACAAAAUCUGGUGUUUGGUCACCUAGCAAAGUGGUUGUCUUGGCAGCAGAUAAUCAUAGCAAUCACUCUCGUCAGUCAUCCUUAUCAUCUGUUCCAUCACUACCAACUUCUGGCAUUACCAGGCUUGAUGAUGGGAAUAUUGAGCCGACACAACCUUUCACAAACAUUAAUAUUGAGAGCAGUGCCAGCAGUGUGUCAUCAAGUGGGUCUGGUGUCUCAGCUCAACUCGACUCUUAUGUCACACUUGAACACAAGGACCUUGAUACCAUAAAUACCACAGCAUCUAGGUCAUUGGGUGACAUCAGUGAAGUAGAUCUGCUGAAGAAAGAAGUCCAGAGCCUCAACCAGGAGAUAAAGCAACUUGUUGGAAAAUCAACUUCCCUCCAUUCAGAGCUGCAGGCUGCAAAGUCUGCCCCCAAUAGCAUGGCAGAACAGCUCAGUGCAAUGCAAAAGAAUCUUCGUGAAGUACAGCACCGAGAAAUGCUUUUACAGGAUGAAGCGGUGGAGAGAAGCAAGGAGCUCAAGGCACUGGAGCUGAGAUUAAAGGACAAAGAGGAAGAACUUUGGGCCAGAAACAAGGAACUUGAACGCUGCAGACUGGAAAAUUUGAGAUUAUGUGAAGGAGCGUCAGUGAGCUCUGAGCGACACAGCACCACACUGCAGACAGCUUCUGCUCAGCUCGAGGAAGCCGAGGCUUUGCUGCGACAAGAGCAACUGCAGCGGAGAACUGAUCAGCAAAAUUAUAGUGAUAGACUGCGGGUUGUGGAGGAGGAGCGCGAUGCUUUGGCAGGUCAAGUGCGAGCUGCAGCCGAGAAGCUACUGCAAGUGCAGCAGGCUCAAGAGGUGCACCAAGCGCAGGUUUCAGCACUUCGCAGUGAGGCUACAGCGGCAAGAGAAGAGCUUGAGAGCUACAAGGCCAAAGCAAGGCACAUUCUCUCCAGCAAGGAGGCUCUAAUUGAGGCUCUCAAAAAAGGAUCUGGUGACAGCACUGGUCUACACGCUGAUCCAAACUACUCCUUACUGGACACUGAAUUAAAACAAACCAGAGCAGAGUUGUCACUGUGUCGCUCAGAGCUAGAAAGAAGCGGAGCAGAGCUGAGCAGACUGCGCUCAGAGUUAUCAGAGCUGGAACGUUGCGCUGAGCAGGAGGCAGCGCGUCACAGUUCAGCUCUGAGCGAUGCUCAUGAGCAGCUUGUUCAGCUCGGUCAGCUCAAGGAUGAGCUGGAACAGGAGAACAGGCAGGCGCGGCAGGAGGCACGAUGUUUACAAGAGGAACUAACUAGAGAAAAAGUGAGGCACGCGGCAUUCGUCCAGGAGGCGCAGCUUCAGCAAGACUCUCUGAGAAGACAGUCUGCAUCGCGUCAGAGUCCAAAGCAUGGCGGGGAAGGCGUGGAGGAGCUACAGAGACGCGUGCAAAGUCUGACAGAGUCUCUGCUGCAGAAGCAGAGCCAAGUGGAUGGUCUCAACACCGAGCUGCAAGUCCGCAGCAUGCAGCUAGCAAGGCUGCAGCAACAACAACACCAGCAAGAGUCGCACUUACCGGUUGGCCGCGACGCUCCUCUCUCGAUACCCAUGGAUGACCUGCGCAGUCGCGCGGUGCCUACGCUGCUCGUAGAAUCGCCGUUUGACGGCGGGGUGACGAGGCGCGUGAAACGGGCCUACUCAUCUCUGGAUAGAUUCUCCGUAUCACUAGGCCUAUUUCUGCGUCGGUAUCCUGUAGCUCGCAUCAUCGUGCUGCUCUACAUGCUGUUGCUGCACCUCUGGGUGCUGAUCGUGCUGCUCACCUACUCGCCCGAGAUUCAUCACACUGGAUAUCAACCUGACGGAGCUGGCGAACCGAGGUUGAAUCCUCUGCCACAUAAGUGAUCUGUGACUUAGUAUCUUGAUUUUAUAUUCAUUGCAUCAGCUGUUACAGAAAUGCAGUGCGUGUAGCUUCGAGAGUCUAGCUAAUAAUUAAUAGGUUCAAAUAUGAUUGGCCAAUGUAAGAGUCGAUUAAUUCAGUGGCUGAAUAUUCAUAAUGUAACAUUCAUGUGUAGUUUCUCAUCAAACGGGUAUUUUGGUUCAGAAAAUUUGCACUAGUGCAAAAGACCCUCGAAUAUUUAUUGCUAUUACGUGCGGCCACAGGAAGGCCCCAUUUUAAUGGUAGCUUAGGCUUCUUAUUGAAUUUCGACCACUAAGAAAAAAAAGAUUAGUAAUCGGAAUCAACAUCAGUUUGCAUCGCUUCUCGAAAAACGUUUUGGUGAAUUUUGAAAGGUUGCAUACUGUUCUGUCAAAAACGUCACUGAACGUUUGCUUUGAUAGUGACGAAAUUUCCGGUAGAGAACUUCUCUUGUAUGAUCUGAAGUGUACAGCGUUAACGAUGUUGGUUAACAGCCGCCUGUGACCUCGACAUCCAUUGAUCAUUGUUGUUACUUUGUUAACUUUUCGGAACUGUUUAAAAGCAAACUAGUAUUAAAAAUUGUGUUCUUGGCACAGGAGGGCCAAAGAUGUCUUCCUCCUGGAAAGAUGGAGCGCAAUUUAAGAAUAUAUAUGUAGAUAUAUAUAUUUUCUGUUGUCUCGUAUUGUUUGAUAUAAUGGUAGAGAAUCUCCUGUGGACAGAGGAACGUCUGUCGACUCCGUUGGCAAGUUUGCUCCGUUUGAAAUUUAGUGAGCUCCAUAGAUGCAAGAGGCUGGGACGAAUAACUUCUAACGUUUUCUUUCGUUAUAUUUUUUCUAGUUUUCUUUCGUAUUGUGACCUUUGUGAUGGUUGAAUAUAGAUAUCGCCUUGAACGUGGGGAGUUGAUAAUACAACUUUAUGUUUAAUUUUAAUGAAAAUGUUUGCUGUUCUACUUAUCGGCAUGUUCUACUUGUGGUCUAUGAUACUGGGGAAUGAAGCCCACCGAGAUUUGAUAUUCAAUUCGAUUCAUUGCAAACUUGGUUUCAGCUUCAAUCGAUUUUCGACAAAUCUUGUAACUGCCUAUAUACUUUCUUACUCGGCAGUAUUCCCGUUAUCUCGCGCGUUUGUAAGGCUUGCAGGUCAUGAAAGUUCUUGGGUUAGAUUAUCAUGUUCUUUUUUGAUACCUUACUGUUACAGCAACUGGUUCUCUUCGAGCAUAUUUCAGUUCCAAGGUCAUCUGUUUUAAUUAAAUGAAAGAGAAAAUAUUGACGUAAGGAGGUAAGUAUAACGUCGUAAUUUUAAACACUGUUAACAGUAAUAAUAUGUCGUUAUAUUCUGAAAGUAUUCAAACGUGUAUUUUUUAUAUGAAUCAAGCAAUGUAAUGUCA